AUGGCCGAUAACCCCGACGAGUGCAAGUUCUUCCGACCUGAACACGGUUCCCAAGAAAGAUGUCUGCGCAAUUCCACCCAGGACCUUCGACCGUCGCAGGUCGCUCAAUUGCACCGCGUGGUGAGUCAGCAAUCUCCAGACACUCGACUCAAUAUUUGGUCGGCCCUUCAAACGCAACCGAGCGCCACUUCCGUUGAUUACGUGCACGAUCUGCUUCGAGUCAGUGCCUACUUGCUCAAAACAUUCCCAUACGAGACGUGCUCGGGCUAUCAAACGUUGACGCAACUCCACGCGAGUUUUACAGCACCGUGGGAUCGUGGGGCGCUGGACGCCUUGCUCGUCUCGAUGCACGACCUUCCCACACUCGCAGCACUAUUCCACAGCGUCGACUUGUCAAGGCAAUCCGUCAUCUUGGACGUAGCUGCCGAGUAUCCCACACCGUUUGAGACGCUCUUGGGAUGGUGUUCAGUUUCACCAGCGUCCCCGACUUUAUUGCAUUCGACGUUGGCAAUCGUGGCCAACACAGACCACUUUCCGCUGUGGAUGACGCUCAUUGUAAAUGUGCCUUUAUUGCACCUGGAACCCUUUUUGAAUCUGCUGGGGUCGUUUUCGUCUGCGGGGCAGCUCGAAGACCUCGCCAGCGUGUUCUUGACCCAGUCUGACCCGAGCGCCCUGAUUGAGCCUCUUGUAGCACUUGCAAGUCAAGGCGUAGCUUCGAUCCAAUCCUUGCUCCCCCACUUAUUCGCAUCGUCGAUUGCUCUCGUGAUCGUGUCACUGCAUCCCCUCUUGGCGUCGCUUGAAACUUUGGCAAAGCACUUGUCGCCCAACGAAGACGUUCUUGAAGACGUAAUUACCACCAUCAGCUACUUGGAAGUGUCCUUGACCGAUGCAAAUCACGUUCUUCAGUUCGCAUCCGCGUUGCCUGAUCCGUUGCCGUUCAUUGCUUUUGUUCUGGUGCUGGCCAAAACCCACACUCAGCACCUGCCACGGUGUUUCAACGUGUUUGGCCAUUGCAACACUAACGACCAACUGGAGCUUGUGCGCCUCUUCCUACUAGACGACAUAAACGUCACCUUUGGGAUUGCGUUGGUGCAAUUUCCAUUGGCGCAAUUGAGUGCCCUGUUGACCAUCACAUCCACUUUGCCCCCCAGCGAGCUGCACUCGCUCGCGCCUUACCUCGAAACGCUACAUCCCGAUAGCCUCGACCCCCUGCUCACACUUCUCACCCUGCCCGACCUCGUGCGCCCCCAUAUUUACACCAUCCUCGACGGCGUAGACUCUCCAUUUCGGCUGUUGCAGUCCCUUCAGCACCUUUGGUUGGACGCUCCAACUAUAGUGGACCCUACUCUUCGACUCCUAGUCCGCUUCGGCUCGGAUCAAAAGACCGCCCUCGCUACGACCGUUCUCCACACGUCUGACCGAUCGUUAAACUGUCGCGUCCUUGGUUUCCUCGCGGCACCCCCCGGCGAAAUGGAUGCGCGAGAAGUCCUUCGGCUGCUCCGGCACGUUCCCUCGUCGAGCUACGCCACCCUGGUUGAGCUGUUUCAAUCCCCCCUUCGAUCCAAGUUGGAACUGCUAGUCCUAUCGGAGCUGCUGGAGGCCGUGACCUCCCCCGUCACGAUUCAAAGUCUCCUCCAAGCCUUGAUUCACUUAGACGAACCGACAUUGCAUGCUUUGUUCAAUUACUUAGAGCAUGUACCGGAUUCGCUCAUGCUCGUGGAGCUCAUGCAGGCGUUCACAAGUGCUGACGUUCAGCUGUACCUGGAUCUAGCUCUUGGGCUGUCACAGUCUAUGCUUCGGGAGCUCAACGGCUUCAUCGAGGGGCUGGACACUUCCGGUCGCGCCGCUUUCCUUCGAGUUAUCCCCAACCCCCGUCGGAACAUUUUGUCCCGGUUGAUCAUGAGUGUCCACACGUUUGACAACAUCACAAUCGGCAACAUCCUGAGAGCGCUGGAGCACCACUCGUGGGACAUCCGGUCGCUGUUGGUGGAGCAAUUUCGUAUCUUGGACGAUCCAAUGGCACUGGCGCAGGUUGCGGCGGUGCAUGAAUCGCUAGGCGCGGACCUCAACACUCGCGACAGCUUGGAAACGUACGCCAUGAUUGCUAGCUACUGCUCCAAGUCUGUCCAGAUUCAACUCGCGGCAGUGCUGUAUCGUCUCGCAACGUCGGAUCGAAUCGACUUGUUGACGAUGUUACGAAAUCACGCGGAAUGGCUGCCUACAGAAGCCAUCGAUGCCGGAUUUUGGACGGAAGAAAACAUUGCAAGGCUGUGUACGCUGCUACUCGGGCACAAUUCGACCGUCGCCACGCAUCUCCUCCAGUUGCUCGGCAAGCUCAACGCCACCUUCCACGAGCCAUUUCUCACGACUUGCCAGAAUCUGUCAGGUGACAUGGCAUAUUUUGUGGAGAUAUUUCAUGGCGCAACGGUGUCCAAUGUUCGCGGCUUCAGCCCCCUUUUAUUUGGUGGAGACCUCCUGACAACCGUGGACAUCCAUCGACUGGCCAAGUGCGUCCGGAAAAUGCUCCACGCGUCGUUUGGAUUGGACCUGGCGGUACAAUUGCUGGUGCAAUUCCCAAACAUAUCUUCGUUUUUGCGCUACUUUGACCGUGUUGGCACGUCUCAGUCGUUGUUGGUGCAUGUGAUGGCAAUAUUCCCGACCGCUACGGUGGCAGUGGUGAGAUUUCUCGAGUCGCUCGACAUGGACGACGCUGCCUUCGUGAUGCGACGGCUCUUGGAGCUGCCCCGCGACAGCAAAGUUCGGUUUGAAGCACUGCUUCAUCAGCCAAUGACACGGCUCACAGGCCGAGAGAAAGCGUUGUACCUCAGUGUCGUGGACGACCACAAAUUGGUUGACCAGUCGAUCUCGACAACGAUGAUGAAAAGUGUGUCUGUGGGUGCAUUUUUGCCGAGUUUGAACUUGCUGUGGAGCUGCGACGACGUCGAGUCGAAAUCGUUGUCCCGGAAGCUGAAACGUGUGGGGCAAAUCCCAUUUCGGACGGAUUGUCGAAACCAGACAACGCCCCCAGUGAACGUGGAAAAGGAAUUUUACACGCUUUCGAUGGAGCCCAAUCGGGAUUUUUCCUUGUCGUUGGCGUCGCAGUUGCGCGAGGCGGCUCCCUCUACUACCCCCCUGAGCCCCCUUUCUGGCCCAUUGACCGACAAUCAACUAAACAAACCCGACAUUAUGACCCCCACCGAAGUUCCUCCACCGGCGCCAGAUCCCAUUCAAUGCAUAGACAGUGACGAGUAUGAGAGCGAUGACGACGACGACCAAUCCGCUCCGUCGAAACCGUUGUUUGACCAUGUGCUUGCAGACAACCUGCUGGAAAAGCAUCCCCUCCACACUUUGAUUGAAGAAGAUUUGGACGCAGAUGGUUUGCCUCGACUUCACAUUCCUGGUCGGAGAAAACGCCCGACUGCCAGAUCCAUGCGAGGACUCAUGCCAGCGAUCCAAAACAUCGCCCCCCAGAUAGGAAAACGAAGACCGAGCACGUCCCCGGGGUCCCCCUUCGAAGCCAUCGCACACGACGCCAACCUUAUGCGAUGGCCCCCCACGCGAAUUCAAGUGGCGAGAACCCCCGAAGCGAAGCGAAAAGUGUUUGAUGCAAGGGUGCACAAGAGUAUGGGAACCCUCGUGCUGCCGGUGUUGAAGGGCCAGCACGACCUUUCCACCAUUCGCCGCACAAAGUCAUGCACAGGACUGUAGGUUUAAUGCGUGAAACUACAAUAUCGUGA